AUGGUGCUCCGCAAGUUCGUCGUGGAACACGGCAGCUCAGCCUUCGACGUCGACUAUGACACAGACGACGGCUUUGAGGUGCUCAAGUUCCAGCUCUUCUCUCUCACAUCCAUCCCUCCUGAUCAACAAAAGAUAAUAAGAAGUGAUGAUAACCAUAUGGUAUUGGAGGAUUCUGAUCUUGAAUCAAUAUGUAAUAAGCUGCGGUUGGUGUCACUUGAGGAGGAUGAAAAAGCAAAAGAAGUUGAGAAACCUGUGGCUGAUUUUGUGACAUCCGAUGAAGAAUUGGCUCGAAUGCUGCAGGCAGAAGAAGAGGCAUUAAUGAUGCAACAGUUUGUGACUAGUGAAAAUAGAGAGCAAGUUGAGCAGAAGAUUCGACCUUAUCUUGAUCAAGUUCUAAUGUAUGAAGACAUACAUCGGCAAGAGGCAGCUCGAAAGACGGUACCCGUGGAUAAGCUUGAGGAGAAGGCAAUGGUUGCCUUGGCCAGGGAGGGAAAUUGCAAUCCGACGAAAGAUCAACUUGAUCAUGCAUUCCUGUUGCAGUUGCUCUACUGGUUUAAGCAGUCAUUCAGGUGGGUAAAUGCUCCACCUUGUGACAGUUGCAAUAGUGAAACAGUCAAUCUGGGCAUGGGAGUUGCAAAUCAUUCCGAGUUACUUGAUGGAGCAUCCCGAGUUGAAGUAUACCGCUGCAAGUCAUGCAUGAGCCAAACCCGCUUCCCGAGAUACAAUGACCCACUGAAGCUUCUUGAAACAAGAAGGGGACGCUGUGGGGAGUGGGCGAAUUGCUUCACACUAUAUUGUCGAGCUUUUGGCUACGAAUCUCGGUUGAUUUUGGACCUCACAGACCAUGUUUGGACAGAGUGCUUCUCACCAUAUCUUGGAAGAUGGAUGCACCUUGAUCCUUGUGAAGGAAUAUACGACAACCCACUGCUAUAUGAGAAAGGCUGGGGAAAAAAAUUGAACUAUGUAAUUGGUAUAGCUAAAGAUGGGGUUUAUGAUGUCACCAAGCGUUACACAAGAAAGUGGCACGAGGUACAAUCGUUCGGUUUCUGGCAUGGGCCUUCCCUUUUCCCUCACAUGCAGAAAAAAACAUAUUCUUGGUUUGUGUUGUCUUUGUUUUCUUGGCAGGUUUUGUCCAGACGAGUUAUAACCACUGAGCCUACCCUGGCAAAUAUAAUCUUCGAUAUAACAAAAGAAAGGCGGAAAACCUUCAGCAAUGAGACACUCUUAAAGCUUGAAGAACGUGACAAAAAUGAAGUAGAAGAACUUGAACAAGCCUUGUUCUCUAAAGACGAUGCCUCGAUCUCACUCCCUGGAAGGCAAAGUGGGGAUAAGGAGUGGCGUAUAUCAAGAUCGGAAUUCGGUUCUGGUGAUCACAGCUCGUUAAGUUCCUCAUCCUGUCCGGCCCGUAAAUGUGUGGAUGAACAUGUGACGAAAAUUUAUAAUGCAUUUUUUCCCAUCAUUAGUCAAUUACUGGAGCUAGCAUAUGAUAUAUCUAGCGCAACAGAAAUUCUCGAGUCUUUCAAAAGGAUUUUGGUCACCCUAAAAAACGCCCCUUUCAAGGCCAGGAGAACCACAAUAAAUGCGGUGUCAUCUAAUUCAUUGUUUGGUAAAAUUCUUCCCUCAUUCCGUCAAUUGUUCGAUGCCCUUUCGUUAACGAUCGAGUUAGGCGUUGAUGGGGCAACUGAUAUACGCACGGCGUCAGAUCCCGUGAAAACGUCCCUAGCACUGCCUGUUGCUUUCCAUGCCCUGGAUGAUUUAAUACAUAAUUUGAACUGUUGCGAGAAGCUGAACAAAGAAUCUCUGUCUUGGCCACUUUUGAAGCUUAACAGAAUCUGUUCUGGCUUUGUACUUGCAAGCGGUGAGGAGCUUCCUUUUGGGAUAGCCACAUGUGCAUUUGAUGGGACUCGUUUGUCAAAGUGGGAGGAACCAAAUGGGGCAACAGGCUGUUGGAUCAUAUAUAAGGUGGUUGAAAACUGUAUGCACAAGCUUAUCGCUUAUGAAUUGAUGUCAGCAAACGAUGCUCCAGAGAGAGACCCAAUGGACUGGAUCCUCGAAGGAAGUGAAGAUGGAGGCUCCAAUUGGCACGUCCUGGAUGAACAGACCUCACAGAUAUUUAGCAAGAGGUUCCAGCGAAAAACAUUUACAAUAGAAAAAUCCCGAUCGUUCGUGGCAAAUACCUUCAGGUUUAGAUUUCUUUCAGUUAGAGAUACAAAAUCGACGUCACGGUUUCAGAUUGGCAGCAUUGAUCUCUACGCAAGCACAGAUGAUGUUCAUGGCUUAGAACAAUGA